ACACCUCAGAAGGGGAGAAUAGAUUUAUCAGGAGUGAAAAAGAAGAGCUUGCUAGGAGUCAAAGAAAAUAAUAAAAAGUCCAGCACUAGGGCUCCUUCUCCUACCAAACGCAAAGACCGCUUUGAUGAGAAGUCCAAGGAUCGCUCCAAAGAUAAGGGGGCCACCAAGGAGUCGAGCGAGAAGGAUCCUGGCAGGGAUAAAACUGGAAAGAGGCGCAGCGCUUCCAGUGGUAGCAGCAGCACCAGGUCUCGGUCCAGCUCGACCUCCAGCUCGGGCUCCAGCAGCGGCUCCAGCUCAUCUUCUGCAUCGAGCCACUCAGGAAGUUCCAGCACAUCCCCCAGCUGCAGCUCCGGCAGCUCCCCUGGCUCUCCGAGUCCUUCUCGGCGCAGGCCUGACAACAGGCAGCGUUCCCGCUCCAAAUCCAAACCACCCAAAAGAGAUGGAAGGGAAAGGAGAAGGCGGAGCCCUUCCCCUAAACCCACCAAAGUGCACAUUGGAAGGCUCACCAGGAAUGUGACCAAGGAUCAUAUCCUGGAGAUAUUCUCCAUCUUCGGGAAAAUUAAAAUGAUUGACAUACCUGUAGACAGGAUGCACCCCCGUCUGUCUAAAGGCUACGCAUAUGUGGAGUUUGAAAAUCCAGAUGAGGCCGAGAAGGCGCUGAAGCAUACGGACGGAGGACAAGUUCCCCUCCGCGCAGGUCCCCCGUGCGCCGGCGAUCCUGCUCCCCGGGCCGCCGCUGCCACAGGAGCCGCCCCAGCUCCACCUUCUCCCAGUAAGCAGGCACCGAAGCUCUGCCCUGUGACUUGUAUCCCGUCCAACUCACUUUUGUCACUUUUCUAG